AUGAUUUCAGGUGCGUUUUAUGCAUUAUUAGCGGGCUUUCUUGGAGCCGUCGCCUCCUCGUCAGCCAAGCUAUCUCUGGGCUCAGAUUACCUCAAAGGGAUGUGUGAAACAGGGCUGAAAACCUGGUCUCAGGAUGGAGACUACAGGAUUAUUCCGGAGGAAACAUCACCCUGCGAAUGGCUCCACAUCCCUCUGGAGCUGCUGUUCACCUGUAAUGCUGUGAUGUGGUGUUUGUUUCAGCUCCACAUCCCUCUGCGGUUGCUGUGUGGAGGACUGCUGUUCACCAGUAAUGCUGUGAUGUGGACCUUCUUCUCCAAGGCUCUGAGACACUCCUCCUCCUCGGCCCGGGCCACGGUCACCACCACCGCAUCCAACUUUGUAUCCUCUAUCAUAAUGGUUAAGUCGGGAGGACCUGAUCCUAGAUCGGCAAUCCUCCUCCUGAGAUGCUUUAGGAACACGACCCCAGAUCUCAGCUCUCCUCCUCCUGAGAUGCUUUAGGAACACGACCCCAGAUCUCAGCACUCCUCCUGAGAUGCUUUAGGAACACGACCCCAGAUCUCAGCAUUCCUCUUGAGACACUAUGAAUACGACCCCAGAUCUGAGCUAUCCAAUUUAUAUGAACACAGUACAGUAGGCUUUUUGCCACUAUAGAACAUUGACCAUAAGACCAUAGUGGAACAACAUUAUUGGAGCAAUGACAUCUGUGAAUCACUGUAUGGACACAGGUAUUAUAGGCUAUUUAUGUUGCCAAUCCCACUUACAUAGUCUGUACUGU